GCCGGCCGCCGUAGCAGCUGUGAGUUGUGCGGUCUGUAGGGCUGCGAUCAUGGCUGCUGCUGCUGGUAGUGCUGACGCGGGGGCAGAGGGAGGAGAAGCAGCAGCAGCAGCAAGCGAUGAGGAAGGGGAGGAGGAGAACAUCCUUUACGACUUGCUGAUCACCACGGAGUGGCCUCCGGAGACUGAAGUGCAGCCAAGAGGCAACCGAAAGCACGGAGCAUCAUUUAUCAUCACUAGAGCAAUUACAGGCCCUGUCUUAUUUUUACUUCGUUACUUAUGGUACAGUCCUGCAAAAUCUUCCCUCCCUGUUGGACUCAUCCGCCUGGUCAAUAAGCAGAUCAACUGGCAUUUAGUGCUUUCAAGCAAUGGAAAACUCUUAGCAGCUGUUCAAGACCAAUGCAUAGAGAUAAGGUCUGCAAAGGAUGAGUUUGGGUCUGUCAUUGGAAAAUGUCAAGUCCCAAAGGAUUCCAACCCACAGUGGAGACGUGUAGCAUGGAGCCACGACUGCACUUUGCUUGCCUACAGCGAAAGCACAGGAACUGUGAGAGUCUUUGACUUGGUCGGCAGUGAACUCUUGGUCAUUUCUCCGGGUACUACCUUUCCAGGAGAUUUGACCUAUGCUAUUGCAGGACUUAUCUUUUUGGAAUACAAAGCAAGCGCUCAAUGGUCAGCUGAACUGUUAGUCAUCAACUAUCGUGGUGAACUAAAAAGCUACCUUGUAAGUGUUGGAACAAAUCAGAGCUUUCAAGAGAGCCACAGUUUCAGCUUCAGCACCCAUUAUAUACAAGGAAUCACAGCAGUAAUUUAUCAUCCAACACACAGGCUUUUGAUUAUAGGCGGAUGUGAAACCGAUGGUGAUGGAGCCGGACUUUCUAAAGCGAGCAGUUGUGGUUUGUCAGCGUGGAGGGUUCUUUCGGGAUCACCCUAUUACAAGCAGGUUACAAGUUAUGAAGAUGAUAUUGGAACCGCCAAGAGAAGUUCGUUGUUCAAGAUUAUGAAUCUCAAAUUUUACAGCAGGCAAGGAAGAGAAGAGGAUGGUGUCUUCAAGAUGAGCCUUUCUCCCGAUGGCACUCGUCUGGCAGCUAUUCAUUUCUCUGGAAAGUUGACCAUCUGGGGAAUUCCGUCUCUCAGGCAACAAGGAGAAUGGGAACAAAGUGAACAGCCAGGUUAUGAUGAAAUCAAGCCAGAAUGGAGGCUCUCUCUUGAAAAGAGGAAAAAAAUUAAAGACAAGGAAUCUCUUUAUCCAUUGAUCGACGUAAAUUGGUGGGCAGAGAAUGCUGUCAUCCUGGCUCGCUGUUCCGGUGCUUUGACAGUCUCAUCAGUAAAGACCUUGAAAAACCUCUUAGGGAAAUCUUGCGAAUGGUUUGAAAGUUCCCCUCAGGUCACUUCUGCUCAUGAUGGAGGAUUUCUGAGUCUGGAAUGCGAGGUGAAGUUCGCUCCAAAGAGAUUGCGCUUGGAUAGCAGACCUGGAGAUGAAGAUGAAGGGGAUGAUGACUCUGAUUCAGAUGAUGAAGCCUCGGCCAAGGCUCGAUACUUUGGGUAUAUUAAACAAGGCCUGUAUUUUGUGACUGAAAUGGAGAGGUUUGCUCCUCCGAGGAAACGACCACGCACAAUAGUAAAAAAUUACCACCUUGUGAAACUGAGGUCCACAACCCCAGAGGAGUUAUACCAGAGAAAGAUUGAUAAUGAAGAAUAUGGAGAAGCAUUGUCACUAGCUCAAACAUAUGACCUUGAUUCUGAUCUUGUGUAUCAGAGGCAGUGGAGAAAAUCUCCUGUUAGCAUUGCUUCUAUUCAGGAUUACCUGAGCAAAAUUAAUAAACGUUCUUGGGUUCUUCAUGAAUGCUUAGAAAGAGUUCCUGAGAAUGUGGAUGCUGCCAAAGAAUUGCUGCAAUAUGGCCUGAAAGGGACAGACCUGGAAGCUCUCAUAGCCAUUGGGAAAGGAGAAGAUGGUGGCAGGUUUAUCUUGCCAGGUGAUGUAGACAUUGACGAACUACUUUAUGAAGAGUUCUUAACUCCCGAGGAAGAAGCAGAGAGUAGGAGAGAGCGAGAGGCCAUAAAACAUCAAGAACUCCUUCAAUCAGUGGACUUUUCCAAACUGACUUUGGAACAGAAAGAACUUUGCCGCAGCAGGUUGAAACUCCUAACCUAUUUGGACCGUCUAGCAACAUAUGAGGAGAUCCUUGGUGGGCCACAUGCUGCUGAGCAGAGAUAUGAUGCAGAAUUCUUCAGGAAGUUCCGAAAUCAAAAUAUUGUUCUUUCAGCGAGGACAUAUGCCCGGGAAAGUAAUGUGGGAGCCCUGGAGAUCUUGUUUACUUACCAUGGAUCAGACUUACUUCCACAUCGCUUGGCAAUUCUCUCUAAUUUUCCAGAGACAACCUCUCCACAUGAAUACUCCUUCCUUCUUCCUGAAGCUUGUCACAAGGAAGGUGCAUUGAAGAUUCUUCCCUGGAAUGAGCAGAAGCAUAGAGAGGAAGACUGGUGUGAGAUGCCCCCAUGCAAGCUCAUUGUUGAACCAGCUCUUCAAGAUGAAAGUGAAUUUUUGUAUGAGUCCCAGCCUGAAUUGUUGAAAUAUUCAACUACUGAGCUUUCAGUAAAUCUGGUCACAGAUUGGUACUGGAAAAGAGCAGAGGAGAUAGAGCACUAUUCAAUGCAGGUGGACUGUGCUCUCUCUCUGAUUCGCCUUGGCAUGGAAAGGAACAUCCCUGGCCUCCAUUCCCUCUGUGACAAUCUUGUUACAUUGGAGACACUUGUUUAUGAGACAGGGUGCGACAUAACUUUGAAUCUGAAAGAGCUGCAACAGAUGAAAAACAUUGAGAAGCUGAGGCUGUUGAUGUUGACUUCAUCAGAAGACAAGUAUGUGAAAAAUGCCUACCAGUGGAUGGUUCCCUUUCUACAUCGCUGUGAAAACGAGUCUCCAGGCAUUGCUAAUGAGCUUUUAAAAGAGUACUUGGUAACACUGGCCAAAGAAGACCUGACAUUUCCUCUGAAAAUCUUUCAGCAUUCAAAGCCAGCGUGCCAACAAAAAAUAAUUUCAGAUCAAGAUCUAUUGAUGGUGAUUGCCUUAGAAUGCAUAUACAGCUGCAGACGAGAUGACCAGCUGUCUCUUUGCUAUGAUAUCUUAGAAUGUCUGCCUCAGAGAGGUUAUGGCCCCGAAACAGACAUGACUAGCAAUCUUCAUGAUAAGGUGGAUGAACUGGAACAAAUUCUUAGUGUUUCAGAACUUUUGGAGAAACACGGACUCCAGAAACCAGUAUUGUUUGUGAAAGAGACACAGAACAACCCAGAAGAAGCACACAAGCUGAUGAUUAGGUUAACAAGGCACACUGGUCGCAAGCAGCCUCCUGUUAAUGAGAUGCACUGGAUGGGGUUGUUGCAAGAUAUGCUGGAGAUGCAGCAGAAUGUCUACACAUGCUUAGAGCCAGACACAUGCUAUGAGAUAUUUGCAGAGAGUCUUCUGUGUUCAAGCCGGCUGGAGAACAUUCACUUAGCUGGGCAAAUGAUGCAUUGUAGCAUUUGGUCAAUAGAUCCUCCAGUUAGUGCUGCUUCUAAAGGAAAAUCGCAAUACCGAGUCAGCUAUGAGAAAAGCCUUGAAUUGGUUUUGGCUGCCAGCAGAGAGUAUUUCAAUUCUUCAACAAAUUUGACUGAUACUUGCAUGGAUUUGGCCAGAUCCUGCUUACAGCUUAUCACAGACUGUCCACCAGUUGUUCAGGAGGAAUUGGACCUCAUUCGUGCUCUUAGUUAUCUUGAAGACUUUGGUGUGAAAAUUUUGCCAUUACAAGUUCGUCUCUGCACCGAUCGACUCAGCCUUAUCAAGGAAUGCCUCUUGCAGCUGCCAACAAACUACAAGCAAUCUGCCAAGCUCUUGGGACUUGCAAAUUUGCUGAAGGUUGCAGGUGAUGAUCAGAUGGAGAGAAAAGGACAAGUUUUGAUUCUUUUAGUGGAACAAGCGCUACGAUUACAGGAUUACAAAGCAGCAAAUAUGCACUGUCAGGAGCUUAUGGCUUCAGGCUAUACUAAAAGCUGGGAUGUUUGCAGCCAGUUAGGACAAUCUGAAGGUUACCAAGACACAUCAGUUCGGCAAGAACUCAUAGCCUACGCUUUGACACAUUGUCCCCCAAGUGCUAUAGAAUCAUUGUUGGCAGCAAGUCGUACUCUGCAAACCGAGAUACUUUACCAUGCUGUCAACUAUCAAAUACGGCCUUCUGAAAAAAUAGAAAACAUAAGUACAUCCAGGUCAUCAGGUGGAAUGAAAACAGAGUCAUCUCUUGAGGUUGACAACCAUAUGCUCUCUAGUCAGUCGACUGACUUGUUGCAGUGGACCACAUCUAAAACUAUGAAGGUGCUUUCUGAUACAACACUGACCACAAAAGCUAUGCUGCAUGCUGUUAGUGAUCGCCAGUGGUGGAAGAAGUCACUAACUUACCUUCGUCCAUUACAUGGUCAAGAGUUUGGAGAUGUAUUAAAAAGCACCAGUGGAGCAAAUGCAGCGAUAGAAAAACAAGGCUGUCAUCCAUUCUAUGAAUCUCUGAUAGAUAAUCCAUACCUUGCAGAAAAUGAAGUUUCCUACACUGCAUUCCAGCACAAUCCUUCAGAAAGCUUUGCAGAAGUAUUGUUGAGAACAGGAAAAUUGGCUUUGACAAAGAGUGAAGGCCCUGAUCUCUUUCCUGCCACAGAAGUCCUGUUACAGCUGGCCAGUGAAGCAUUACCAAAUGAUAUGACCUUAUCCCUUGCCUACCUCCUUGCAUUGCCACAGGUGCUUGAUGCCAACAAGUGCUUUGAAAAGCAGCCUCCUUCUGCUUUAUCACUCCAGCUGGCAAGUUAUUAUUAUAGCCUGCAGAUCUAUGCUCGUUUGGCACCAUGUUUCAAGGAUGAAUGCCACCCCCUCUACAGGGCUGAUCCCAAAGAAUUGAUACAGAUGGUCACAAAGCACGUUUCACAAUCCAGCAGUUUGGACUGGCCUGAUGAAACAGCAACUCUGAUCAAACACCUCCAGUACUACAACGAGCGACUCUUGGACUUCACUCAAGCCCAGGUUCUCCAGGGUCUUGGCAAAGGAGUGGAUGUCCAGAGGUUUACAGCAGAUAGCCAAUACAAGAAAGAAACCAUAUUGGGUUUGGCAGAGACACUUGAAGAAAAUGUGUAUAGGAUUGCUCUCUCCUUGGCGCAGCGUUAUAGUGUCCCACUUUGGGAAGUUUACAUGACACAUCUGGAAUUUCUUUUCAGUGACAGUGGUUUAACAACAGCUGCUAUAGAAGAUAGAGCACAAAAUCUUGGCUUAUUUGAGACUUUGAAAACAAUCCCUGAGGCCUUUCAUGAGCACAUGGCUAAAUAUGUGUACCCUACGAUUGAAGGCAGAGAUCACCAACGUUUGCUGUAUUAUUUCACACUUCUUGAGAAUUGUGCCUCUCCUGAAUUUGUGAAGCACACUGUCAAAUCUGAAACACACAUACGUCUGCUGAAAAAAUUCAAGGCAGUUGCACCAGGUCUUAAUUACAAAAAGUUAAUGGAAGACAAUGUGAAUCCCCUGGCUGCUUUAGAGCCCAUCCUCACAAGUCAGAAUGUCCUCUCAAUUUCCAAGCUUGCUCCUAAAAUUCCAGACAAAGAAGGAGGGAUGCUUUCCCCAAGCUCUGUCUAUGCCAUCUGGAUAAAAAAACUCUUCUGGACCGGGGAUCCCCAUCUCAUUAAAAAAGCUCCAGAAACCGUCGCUGAAUGGUUGCAUGCCUAUGACAUCUGUGCCAAGUACUUUGAUAGACUUUGCCCAGGAGAUAUUAUCAAUUUCAUGGAUGAAAUUACUUUUUCCUCCAAAGCUGUCACCAAGCUGUCAGUUGAUUCCCGAGUAGGGAUGACAAAGAAGGCUAUUAAGUCAGUGAAACAUGUUGCUGAGAAAUCUGGAAAAAGAACAACUGAGGGGGACAACAUGGAAGGCGUGGUUGAUGGGCAAAUAUCUUAUGAAGAUGCUAUGAAUCAUCUGCAGCAGUCUCUUGCACAUCUGGAAACACUUAACCAUAGUUUUAUUUCUUACCUGAAAAGCAGUGAUCAGAAUCUACUACAGCAGUAUGGAUACCAGUAUGAUUUAUCUCGAUCAGAGAAAACGAAAAUCAAUGAACAAGCUGUAACUAUGUGUGUAGAUGGUCAGCCCCUAGAUAUGAUACAGAAGUUAUUGGAUGUGGCUGUAGGUGAUCUGGGAUUCUCACCUAGAGAUAUAGUACAAACAGCUGUAAGCAAAGUGGUAGGUGCUUUGAGUGAUGACGGUAGUCAGCAUACCUUCAAGAAGGACCCUUUCCAGAUAUUAGAAAGCAUUGUCUGUGCUGUCCAUACAAGUGCUGAGAAUGGUGAGAACCUUGUGUCUUCGGAUGAUCUUCUCAAUUGGCUUCGACCUUUCUGCGGCAAUGAUUCUUUGCCGGUGAAACCCCGCAUUAAAGUGCUGCAGAUUUUGGAACAAGCUUUUCACCUCAGUGAUGAAGACAGCAAGCUCCUCGUGCUCUUUAGGACUCAAGCUGUUCUCAAAGCGUGUUGGCCUCAGACUCAGGUAGAAAUAACUGACAUUGAAAAUGAAGAAAAGAGGUACUUGCUCUUCUUGAAACUUUUGGAAACUAGUGAAGACCAUGUAGAAUUUCAGCAUUUAGUCAUGCUCCUGCAAGCUUGGCCACCUAUGAAAAGCAUGAAUAUAACAAGUCCAAGUAAUAAUCCUUGGGUUAAACUGGGAACAGCAAUGAUUAUGAAAAGCCAACAGGAGCAUAAGGAGAAUACAGGAAAUGAGAUUCUGAAAACCUGCCGCUCUUUAUAUGGGACGAAGCACAUGCUGUCUGCAGAGUGCAUAAAAGACCUGUGUUUGCUGCUGCUCAACCAGUCCCUGAAGUUGCCGUCCCUGAAGCUGCUUGUGGAAAGCAGAGAUCAAGAUCUUCAUUUCAUGGCACUAGAGCAGAUAACAGCUCUUUCAAAGGUUGAUGACUCCAACUGUGACUCUGAACUCCUUUCCUUGCUUCUGGAUGAGAAAUUGAUGGUAAAGUGCAUAUCCACCGUUUAUUAUCCACACCUGGUUAACCAUUUGCUGGUCAAGCAAGAGGAGGGACGUUGGAACAUUGAAGAAAUAGCCAAACAAUUGCAAGAAUCUGGCUUCACGGCAGAGGCGGGUUCACUCCUGAUGGCUUGUAAAGGCACCCAUCCUGCACUCCAGACCUUUAGUGCUGCUCUCCAUGCUGUUAAGCACUGGAUUUAAAUGACAAAAAAGUUGCUUUCCUGGAAGUCUGAACUAUAUAAUCCAUAUGCAUCAGCCUAAUCACAGUCGCUUAGUGCUGCCUAAUACCCCAACAAUAAGCACACUAAAAUAUUUCCUUAUAGUGCCUCCCCAUCAUAUUUGUAACUCUUGCCAGAAGGAAACGUUCAGUGUAACCCAUGAAUGAUGUUCUGAUAAAGAAAUACUUUGCAGAUCGUGUCAUAAUAAAUGAACAAUGAUGAAAUUCGAUACCUUCAGAGGUUCUGAAGGCUUAAAGUAUCACUUCAAAUAGAAAUGCCUGAGAAUGCAUUUAAAGAUUUGUAAUAGUUUCAAAGUCAGACUAAUUUGAAGUUACUUUGUCAGUUUAAAUCCUAUGCUUCAAUUAAUUAAAGUCUUUCCAUGAAACCCAA